CGCCACAACGCGCCGGUCUCGUUCCAGCUGCUGGGUGCGGGAGAGGCUCGAUUAUCACGACGUCGUACCUGCGAAAAAAAGGUCCCCUUCCGCCCAUCCAUGCUCUGUUAAGCGGGCGAGCAAGUGACGCAGUGCAUUUAGCUCUCUGCACCGUUGGUCAAGCUGGGCUGCUGCGCGUAAACACAGAACGCGGUCGCUCCCCAGCGUUGGCCGACCUCGUCAUUCGCCCUUGCGACACAUACCUCCACAUCCACCGCAGCCCCCGGAGACCGUGAAUGAAACAGGGCCACACAACAUUCCACAUAUCCGACUCGGCCCAGAUUCUUUGAUUCUUUUGAACACAGUCCAUUGUCAGCGACCAUCGUCAUCGCGGGCUGUCGCUGUCUUCCCUGCUCUCUGACUGCGCAUGCCUGGAAGUUUCGCUCGUUGCAAAUCGGGAGGUGCGAACCGUGGAAACUGGCCUUCUCCAUCUGGCAUCGGAUCCACGAACACGAAGGGGAGAAAAGCCACUUGCCAGCAGCGACGAGGAAGAAAACGCCUGAAUCUCGCUAGCCUGUCGUGCCGCACACAGAAUCGUCGCAGCGAGAACGCCCGGCAUCCGUACGAUUACUUUCUCUUGGUCGAGGAGCGCACAUUGCCAGCUUCUUCCUGCGCAGAAAAAUGCCCCCCACCGGACGGCGUCGUCGCAACAAAGAGCCCGAGCAACGGGUGGAUGCAGAUGACGCUGAUACGACAACGCCAUCCAGAAAGAGGAGACGAGUAAAUGGUUCUAGCAAUGCGAAUGCCGUCUCCGCCGCGUCACGAAACCAACGUGCAUCCGCAGAGUCCGACGCCACGAUUGACAAUCAGGAGGGAGACAGCAGCAGCAACAUGGAUGAGGCGCCAGAGUAUAAAGAGGCAGAGGCUAUCAUCCAAAGGUUGCGAACGGCACAUUACCAGGUUGGCGUCUCCAUAGAUUACAACAAUAGUAUCGUUCCACCAAACGAACAGGCCUACGCAAAGAUCGCUGGUCGGAAUUGGACGUACUACGUAAAGGACACGAGCGUCGUCAUCGGUCGCCCGAACAACAAGCCCAAGCGCGAGCCUGUGGAAGAAGCUGGUGGCACACCCGUCGGAGUGUAUGAUCACGGUAUGAUGGUUAACAUCGACCUCGGCCCCGAUCAGCAGAUCUCGCGUAUCCACGCAGAGAUUUAUUACGAAAGCAAUGAACAAAAGUGGUUCAUCCGUUGCAAUGGUAGAAACGGCCUACACCUGGAUGAUAUGAGACUCGAGCGCGGCUACGUUUGCGCUCUUCGUUCAGGCAUGGUUAUUAGUAUACUCGGCACGCAAAUGAUCUUCAUCCUUCCUAACGAGCCGCCUGAGAUUCACCCUGUUAUUCGUAGAUCCCUACUGGAGGACGGGGAUGGCGAGGAUGAACAGUAUCAACCAGGUGAUGGUGCCCCAAAGGGCACAAAUGUUCGCCUUGGUGGGCCACCCGGAAACUCAUAUCAGGGAACCUCGUACCCGCGAACCGCCAGCGGGAGCGGUACCCAAGCAGCUCAUGCAUUGGCAGCAUUGUCCAGCUCACAACAAGCGCCAGGCACGCCCAACACUCGCCCGCAACCUCCCCUACCGAAAUCGAAGAACUCGCCCGCGUACACGGUAAAGGGAGUCAUGAUCGAAAGUACAGAUGAGAUUGACUACAGCGCCGACAGCGCCAAGGACAUCAAACCGCCGCACAGCUAUGCGCAAAUGAUUGGGCAGGCAAUCUUGUCAAGAGAAGGAGAGAAUGCAACGUUGGCACAGAUUUACGAGUUCAUCAAGGACCAUUAUGCGUACUUUAGGCACGGUGGUGGUGGCUGGCAGAAUUCAAUCCGCCACAAUCUAUCGCUGAGCAAGCACUUUGAGAAGAUACCUCGCCGGACAGAUGAGCCAGGGAAAGGCAUGAAGUGGCAGAUUGUUCCUGAGUUCCGCGAGGAGUACAUGAAAAAGAAUUUCCACGAGAAUCGUCGACCGCAGCGAAGACUAGAUUCGUCUGGUCCUAAUUCACCUGCGAUGACAGGCCCUGGCGUGCAGACCGAGCGUCUUGUAGGUGCCUUGAACGCGGAUUCGACUCGGAUCAAACGUCAAUCAGGUUCGCCGACCCCUCCUCGCCAUUCAUACCCAGCACCCAAUGAAUCCUUUACGCCUGAUCGUGGUCCACGCAACAUGCAAUUACAGACCGGCCAACUACCUUCUGCAAAUGGUGGUGCACCAGUGUCUGCUGCGUCCGAGCUCCUCACGCCGACAUUCGAUCGUGCGAACCCUUUAGCAUCUCAACAGACUUACUCAGCUGGCUCUCGACAGGGCGAGGCCUUGCAGAACUCGGCAGUGGACUCGCCGCCUACCCUUACUGCUUCAGGCUAUGAUGCGGUUGGCAAUAGCAAUGUUUUCACACCAUUACCCGCGCGACAAGCACCCAAACCACAUCUCCUUAGCACCAUCAAGCCGCCUAGUUUUUACGCCAAGGAGCUCUUCUCAAGCCCGGCUCCCUUCUGGAAGUUUGCCGAGAUACCAGGCAGCACACCUCUUCGCCCAAUGGCCGACUUUUCUCCAGGAAAGUUUCCCAAGCCCGCACCUGCAGACGAUGAGAUCAAGACAGACCAAGAUGAACCUAUCGAAAGGGAGCAUGUGCCGAAGAAAGAAGAAGAUGAUGAUGUCGAUGAUAAGGCUAAGGUUCUUGCCUCAGCAAGUGGUGUAGAAGCAGAAAGCGAACCGAUGCUCGACGAAGCUGAUCCUGAAGCUGAAAUUCCACCACCAUCGAGUCCUCUGGGCAACAAAAUUGCGGACGGACUGGAUCAGAGUCCUUCGCGUACCGUCAGCCGACCUGUGAGCCGUCGAGAGCCGUCAUCGAUGGCCAACACCGUGGCCAAUGGCAUCAUGAGCAACGCUCCCAAAUUGGCUCCGCCUCCAGCACAGCCGAAGUUCAAUAUAAGUGCUGUAAAUGCGCCAAGCUUUAGAAUGUUCGGGCCAGUGAACGGAGACUUGGAUGAGGAUGACGAUGAGGGAAUCGACCUGAGCAAGAAUAGUUUUCAGAAGAUUGGACAAUAUCAUCGCGUGUUGAACGCUGCCAGGCCGACGGCGCCACGCUGAGUCGAGCUGCUGAAAAAGUGGAUCUCAGAUUGGCUGAUAUUCGGGCACCAUUUGAGCGACAUUUUCUGUUCAUGAUUGCGUCACUGAAUUGGUGUCCUGACUCUGGGGUGCGUGAGCGAAAUAUGAUAUGACGUUUACAUGAGUAUGGAAAGGUGGGUAUUGAUUGUUUGACUGCAUAUUUGGGCCUUUUGGUAGUAGUAUAUCACGCGCAUGAAAUUCUUCGCGCAGACACUUAGGAUAUAUGAUUUGUGUUACCUCUGCGUUCAGCGCUCGGGCUGUACGUCAGUCACGGUCGGAUAUUCUCGUAGAUGUUCGACCAGGCGACUCCUGAUAUCGCUUCUUUGAUUACUCUGCAUCAUAGAAAGAAGAUAAACCAUGUCAACAUGUUGCUGAAGUUUGAAAUUGCG